AUGGACCAAGGCACACCCAAGCAUCGAUGGACUGCCGAACAAAGGGACACGCUCGCUGUCCUGGAGCGAUUUUAUGAUAUCAGUAGUGACGAACGGCGGGACGUUUUCAACAAAUUUUAUGCAAAAGAACUGAAUCAUGAGGGCUUUGACAACGGCCUCACCACUGGCGCUGUGGUCUCUCAAGUCGCCGAUUUACGCCAAUCCCCACGAGGCAAAAGAUUCAGACAUUUUGGUCAGCUAGAUUUUCAGCAGGCAUUGCGGUCAAGUCGCCUUGUCCGAAACAAGAUCGAGGCAGUAGCCGCUUCUAUGGAUAUCGAGUUGAGGCCCGUUGCAGAAGCUGCCAAUCCUACCUCGAGAUCACGGCAAUCAACAGACUCUACAGCUGAUUCCGAGACUGAAACCCCUACAAAGAGGAGAAGGGUAACUUUCGACCAGAGAGGAACCUACUCGGCCUCCGAGCGGUCACUAGCAGGAUCUACUGAUUCGGAUACAUCGUGUUCCGGGAGUUCCUGGCAGGAAGCAAGCGACGAGUCUAGCCUUGAUGGCUUCGAAGAUGGACCCGUCGAGAAUGAAGAGGAUCGAGUGUUUCCUAAGUUGAGGGUUCGCCGCGACUACAAUGGCAAGAAAGUGCCUACACGACCACGCCUAUUGUUUCGGGCAUUUCGCCCUAGCCACGGUCUACAAGCCCGAAGAUUUUUAACUAAUUCGACUCCAGUGUCAUGUCCCCCAAAAUAUGGCUCACAAGAGUUUAGAGACUCGGCAUAUUGCCAUCUAAGUAGCGACGAAACUUUCAACUCGCCAUGGCUUAGUUUCACCGAAUAUCUCAGUCGAGCUCUAAAGAUCAUGGCGGCCGCAAAACACGAACUCCACUUAGCAGUCAUCGACUACAAUGAGGUGGAAGAGAGCCUCAAGAGUCGCUUUGGCAUAGAGCGCGAUAAAAUCUGGCUUGUCCCAACUCUCUGCAAAGAUCUAAAGAAUACCGAUGAGAGGUUCGGCAAGUUGAGAAAGAUUCGUGAUGAAAAUCCAAUGAAGUCUGAGCAUCAACGCAAUUAUACUGGGACUGGCGAGUUUAUUAUUUGGGGCGCUGUCCCUAAUGAACUGGUCGCAGAGCUUACCAACGAAGCAAUCUAUAAACUUCUAGGCGCAAUGGAACUAGUCAAAGAAUUGCGAUACGACAGCGGCUUGCUCCUUGGAAGCUCUAUUGACGACAUCCCUUAUCGCUACAAGGAAAUCUUUGCAUAUGCGGUUAUAAGAGCUUUUGAGGUCGAGGGCUACAGUCAAGGCAUUCGACACAGGGAAUUUGAAAACUUCGUACAAGGUAUCUACAGGGAGCGAUGCAGUAGAAGUCUCUCGGUGUUCUCGACCGGACCCGAAGGCAGCCCCUGCUCUGAAGAGUCAGAUACUUCAGGCUGGCGAGGCUGGUCCCACGCGACCACGCCAGACGUUCCCUUUCGACCACGACCCAGGCCUCGCAAGGUAAUUGUCCAGACACCACCCCUGAGAGAUUUGAUGGUCAGGGACUACGCAAGUGCGCCAAUUCCACCUCUGAAGUUGACAGAGAAGAUUGAUGAUGACGAAUCAGAGAUGCAGCAGAUGCUAGAUCAGCAGCUGGCAGAAGAGGAAGCAGAGUACUGCAGAGAUUACUGGCGAUGA